GUUUCCAGGCCAAACCCAAAACUACACGCAGUUUUGAAAUUUUAGGGCUUUAGACAAUCCCUUAAAACCUCUCUCCCAUUUCCCUCUUUCACUGAGCUCCAGAGAAAAUGGCGAACGACCAAGACAUGAGUAGCUGGACCGAUCUCCUCCACUCCUCCUCUAAGCUUCUCGAGCAAGCUGCUCCUUCAGUUCAAUUCCCUCCACUUCAGAGAAAUUUGGAUCAGUUAGAAACAUUGUCUAAGAAGCUUAAGGCAAAAACUUUAAGAACUGAGGCUCCAUCUCAAUCGAUUGCUGCCACAAGGCUGCUUGCUCGAGAGGGAAUAAAUGCAGAGCAGCUUGCGCGAGAUUUGAAGUCUUUUGAAUUGAAAACAACAUUUGAGGAUGUUUUCCCUGCGGAGGCAACAACUGUUGAGGAAUAUCUGCAGCAGGUCCAUGAAAUGGCAAUUAUUUCAGCUGUCCAAGAAGCUCAAAAGGAUAACCUCAGAAGUUUUAAUGAUUACAUGUUGAAAGUGUUGGAGGAGGAUUGGCAAAAAGAAAAACGGGAUAGUCUUCAAAGCUUGAGUCGAAUUUCCACAUUACCUAGAACUAACAUGAUAGUUAGCAGUAGUGGGGGUGCUCGCUCUGGACAGAUAGUGUCGAUGACUUCUAGCCCUCAAGCUUCAUCUGGUGCAUCUAGCAUGCAGCUUGUACCUCUUGCUAACAAGCCUAUCCUUGAGAAAAAGGCAGCUGUCUAUGCUGAAGUUGUAAAGAAUCUGAAUGAUGCAAGAGAACGUGGCUUACCAUUUAAACCUGCGACAGCUUUUAAGGGUGCUUAUGAAAGUUUAGGUCUGGAUGCGUCUGGUGGAAAAUCCGUUCAUUUUCAGAAGAUUUGGCACCUUAUUCAGGCAUUAACUGGUGAAGACUCAUCUGUUCCAAAAAGCGUGUCAAAAAAGAUGUCUUUAAUUAUUGGUGCAAGGCGCCAUCUUGAGCGGGGUCAUGAAAAAUAUGUAAUGGAUACCAUCCAAAGUCAUCCUGCCCAGGCUGCACUUGGUGGGGUUGUUGGAAACAUGCAAAGAAUUCGUGCAUUCCUCCGGAUUCGUUUGAGGGACUAUGGAGUUCUAGAUUUUGAUGCUGGUGAUUCUCGAAGGCAGCCUCCUAUUGAUACAACUUGGCAGCAGAUAUACUUUUGCCUGAGAACUGGGUAUUAUGAUGAAGCAAGAAAUGUUGCUCUCCAGUCCCGUUCUUCACACCAGUUUGCUCCUCUGCUUACAGAAUGGAUCAACACUGGGGGUAUGGUGCCUGCAGAAGUUGCAGCUGCUGCCUCAGAAGAAUGUGACAAAAUGUUAAGAAUGGGUGAUCGCAUGAGUCGAGCAGCAUAUGACAAGAAAAAGCUGUUGUUAUAUGCUAUCAUAUCUGGGUCACGCAAGCACAUUGAUCGAUUGUUGAGAGAUUUACCUACACUUUUCAAUACCAUAGAGGACUUCCUGUGGUUUAAAUUGUCAGCUGUCCGGGACUGUCCUGUUGGUCCCCCAUCAGUUGUUAUAAGUGACAACUUGGUUCCAUACACUCUGGAUGAUUUGCAGGUUUACCUAAACAAGUUUGAUCCCUCAUAUUAUACCAAAAAUGGAAAGGACCCCCUAGUAUACCCAUAUGUUUUGCUUUUAAGCAUUCAGUUGAUACCAGCUGUCCUAUACUUGUCUAAGGAAGCAGGAGAUGAAGGUUAUAAUAUUGAUGCUGCACACAUAUCAAUUGUGCUGGCCGACAAUGGAAUCCUUUCUGAAGGUGUUGGGGGUGGACAAAAAAUGGGGGUGAUGGAUGCUAAUGCAGAGGCAUCCAGCUUGAUUAGACAGUAUGGUGCUUUGUAUCUUCGCCUUGGUAAUCUUCCAAUGGCAUUAGAAUAUUAUGCCCAAGCUGCUGCAGCAGUUGGUGGUGGGCAGUUGUCAUGGUCUGGGAGGGGUACUGUAGAUCAACGAAGACAGAAAAACUUGAUGCUAAAACAACUCCUAACAGAGCUGUUGUUGAAAGAUAGUGGGAUCUAUCUGCUACUUGGUACAAGAGGUGCGGGAGAAGAAGGUCAAUUGAGCCGGUUUUUGAACGAUGAGAAUUCGAGAAAGCAAUUUUUACUUGAAGCUGCUCACCAGUGUCAGGAAGCUGGAUUCUAUGACAAGUCUAUUGAAAUUCAAAAAAGAAUUGGGGCAUUCUCAAUGGCAUUGGAUACAAUUAACAAGUGUCUCUCUGAAGCAAUAUGUGCCAUCUCACGUGGUAGAUUGGAUGGUGAAAGUCGGACCUCUGGCCUCAUUCAUUCUGGAAAUGAGAUCAUGGAGGCAUACAAAUAUCACCCUGAAGUCAGUCCUCAAGAAAGAGAGAAUGUUACAGAACAGCAGAUGGUGUUAAGACAACUUGAGGCAAUACUCUCAGUUCACAAGUUGGUUAAAGUGGGUCACUAUAUUGAUGCUCUAAGGGAGGUUGCAAGACUUCCAUUUCUUCCUCUGGAUCCAAGAACUCCAGAUAUUGCAGCUGAUGUGUUUCAGAACUUAUCUCCUCAUGUCCAAGCUUGUGUUCCAGACCUUCUCAGAGUUGCCCUUACUUGUCUGGAUAAUGUGACAGAUUCUGAUGGAUCGCUCCGGGCCUUGAGGGCAAAGAUUGCAUCUUUUAUUGCGACUAAUUCGAGCAGGAAUUGGCCUCGCGACUUGUAUGAAAAGAUUGCAAGAAGCUUAUGAACAUAAAAUGAUUGUGGGGGGCAGUUUCCUUCAUAUAUAUAUAUAUGCCUCAUUUGGUCAAGUAAAUCCAAUGGUUAUGUAUUGUAUGAACAAUCUUUUUCAUGUAAAUUUUGGGGAAUGAGAAUGUGGUGAUCUGAUCAACAUCUUGGUGAGAGAGGCUUUUAGUACAAAACAAGUUUGGAUCUUGGCAAGGGAAAAUCUGACUUGACUUUCAACUUGAUGAGUUCAACUGUAGCAAGCCGGGUGGUUUUCCGAUGUUUGGUUGGAUAUGCUAUUUUACCAAAAUGUUUUUCGAGCUAAACCUUUGUUGCGGUAGAUCACUUACAAUUUUUUUUUUUUCAAAUCUUUUGCAAAGAAUUAUUUUAUUGCUUGGCCUUA